AGCGGCUGGUGACAGCGGCGGCGGCGGCGGCGGGGCGGGGGGGGGGCAGCCGGCGACUGUCGGGGCCGCCGCAGGGGAAGAGCUGCCAGCCGGUGAUCGCAGCGCCUGGCCAUGUCGGACUUCGACAGCAACCCCUUCGCCGACCCGGACCUCAACAACCCCUUCAAGGAUCCUUCUGUUACACAGGUGACGAGAAAUGUUCCUCCCGGGCUAGAUGAGUACAAUCCUUUCUCUGAUUCAAGAACACCUCCUCCAGGAAAUGUGAAAAUGCCUAAUGUACCCAGUACCCAGCCAGCAAUAAUGAAACCAACAGAAGAACCACCUGCUUACACACAAAUUGCAAAGGAGCAUGCCUUGGCCCAGGCAGAACUGCUAAAGCGUCAAGAAGAACUGGAAAGAAAAGCAGCUGAACUAGAUCGCAGAGAAAGGGAAAUGCAGAGUCUCAAUCAGCAGGGGGGUAGAAAAAACAACUGGCCACCUCUUCCUGAGAAUUUUCCAGUAGGUCCUUGUUUCUACCAGGACUUUUCUGUAGACAUUCCUGUAGAAUUCCAGAAGACAGUAAAGAUUAUGUACUAUUUGUGGAUGUUCCAUACAGUGACACUGUUUCUUAAUAUCUUUGGAUGUUUGGCCUGGUUUUACGUUGACGCUACGCGAGGGGUUGAUUUUGGAUUGAGUAUUCUCUGGUUCUUGCUUUUUACCCCUUGUUCUUUCAUCUGCUGGUACAGACCACUUUAUGGAGCUUUCAGGAGUGACAGUUCAUUCAGGUUCUUUGUGUUCUUCUUUGUAUAUAUCUGUCAGUUUGCUGUACACGUACUUCAAGCUGCAGGAUUUCAAAGAUGGGGAAACUGUGGGUGGAUUUCGUCUCUUACUGGUCUUAAUAAGAGUAUUCCUGUUGGCAUUAUGAUGAUAAUCAUAGCCGCACUUUUCACAGCAUCUGCUGUUAUCUCCUUAGUUAUGUUUAAAAAGGUGCACGGUCUCUACCGCACGACUGGUGCCAGUUUUGAGAAAGCGCAGCAGGAGUUUGCAACAGGAGUGAUGUCCAACAAAACCGUACAAACGGCUGCAGCUAACGCUGCAUCAACAGCAGCAACCAGUGCAGCUCAAAACGCGUUCAAGGGUAACCGAAUGUAGGGAAACAUAAAAAGUGAUCACAGUUCUCUCCAAUUGUACUUUAUUUUGCAGUCACUUACUAUAUUCCCUAAAAGCCUAGAUCAAAAUUCACACAGCAUGUUUGUCUCUUCUGCAGCUGUGCAUGGGUAAAAUGGGAAAUGUUUGGUUUAUUUUAUUACAAAUUUAUUUAUUUUAAAAAGAUAACCAUUCUUUGCCCUUCUUUGAGAUGUUGCAAUUCUAGACUAUAAAGCCUUCCAUAUUUUACAGGGGAUAAAUUAUUUCAACAAUUGGCCUGAGAAUGAAUUGUGGCAUAUAAUGAUCAAAUAAAUGUAUUAAGUAUUUGGAAGGUUUUUUAGUGGUUCACUCCGGUAUUUUUUUAACUUCAGGAAAGCACUUUGGAUCAAUUCUUUUUCUUCAUAAUAACUUUUUUUCCUAUUUGUAGUAUAAGAAGUGGGGUAGACUGAGAGAUGUAGAAAGUUAGGUUUGGCUACUGCUUUUGCAAUUUCAGCAGCUGCUGGAGGACAAAUACAAGUAGGGUAGGUACUAUAAAUUCUUUUCUUGGGGUUUUUUUAGGAUAAGUCUUUUGAUAUGAAUCUGUAAGCUUGCAUGAAUACUGUUGAGUUAUCUGAUCUUGUUAAAAUAGUGUUUUGGUCCAGAAUUUACCUGCUCCACUUUAUAAUUAUAGCGUGCGUUUGUAUCUAUUUUCAUGGAGUAUUCUCUACCUGUGAGAAAUGACUAUGGUGCAUAAACAUUCUCUGUAAUAGAAUGUGUAAUGCAGUGUACAGUUUAAGGGAGUUAACUGAUGGUUUCAAUCACAGAGCUAAAUGAUUAUAUAUUUGCUAUUUUUAAGUUCAGUAUUCAUGUCUUGGGAUAAUAAUUUUGCUGGAAAAGAAACCAAUAUUGACUUUUAGAACACUAGUUUCUUGCCCCCCUUCCCUCUUCUACAUGCAGUGGUAUUUUUGUUGUGUUUGGGAUUUUUUGGGGCUUUUUUUUUUUUUUUAAGUGUAGAUUUGUGUUUAACAGUGGUACUAAAUCUAUCUCUAGCCUAGUCAGCCACUCUGUUUACUGCUUGUCCAAAACCCUAAAUAUACAGUAUUUAAUUUUCUAACAGAAAUAUUGUCUAAAACCAAGCUUUUUAAGCAAAGGCAUUUAACAGAUACUUUAAUUCAUUUUAACAUUAACUCAGCCAUGUCUGUGAUGUGAUCUAAGCUGGGAGGGGGAAGCUUUUAAACUAUUUUGAGUUGGAAAAAUGAGAAAUCUUCGUUUUAAACAAAGUUAAAUUUUAACUCAUUGAACCGGAUGCCUAAGAGGUUAAAUUGGUGCUGUGGAACUGAACAAUCCAUAAUGGUACAUACCAUCAUAAUACUCUAGAACAUAAUCAGGUCUUAGUAUAACAUCACGUUUCUCUCCUUUGAAAGACUAUUUAUGUUCUUGGAUUGCCUCAUGAGUCUUAUGCACAAUACUUGGGCUGUUUUUUCAAGCUCUGUUUUAGAAAUGAGAACAGGAAGGACCACAUCCCACAACCUGUAAGUAUAUUCUGUGGCCGAAAUUAAUUCAUCUCUUAAAGUAAAUCCCUUUUAGUAAGAUAGCAUAAAAUUCUGAGGCACCUCCAUGUUCUGAAUGUGGAACGACUUUCAUAGGUUCUUGUUCACUAGACUGUAUUGAUAAUAACAGAAGAGCAUUACAAAAAAUAAAACCCCUGGCUUAAGCCCUGCAUCAGUAUUGUACUGUUAGCAUGAGGUCCCUGUUAGUCUCCUUUCUUUCAAUAGUUUCUUCAAAUCCAACUUGAAUUUGGAUAAAUGUCGUAGUUUCACCUAUGCUGAAGUUCAUAUUAACGAAUAUACUCGCUUCUAAAUGUUCUCUGCAUCAUAGAAGUUAAAACCAAUUUAAAUAUUCUGUGUAAUAGGGGCUCUAAAAUUUCAUACUAGUGGACAUGCAAGCAUUGAACUUGAAUUUGUGUGGGAAUGUUAUUAAAAGCUUUCCAGAUAAAAGCCACCAUUUUCUGUUGAGAUCAGGCAUCAUCCUUUCUAGGAGCUGUAUACCAAGAUUGUUCUUUUCGUAAUCUUUUGAAUUUGAGGGUUGUAUCUAGAAAAUCUACUUUUAAAUCUAAAUUUAAGCAAUUCUCUUGGUAUCUCUUGGAUAGGAGUCCCAGGGACAUCAUCCUUGCAAUUUAAGUUGAAGAUGGCAUAAUAACAUACAUUACCAGAAUAUAUUAUGGAAAAAAACAGUAGGAAUAAAACCUGAAUUUGGCAGGUAGAUAUUUUUUUUCCCCAAAAUGUUUAAAGGUUUUUGAGAAAACAAUUUAAUGUUCUGUGUAUAGGGAGUGUGGAUUUCUAAUGUCAUGGGUUGAAUGAACAGAUUUAAACCUCCUAAGUGAAAUUCAAGGUUCAGUUUCAUGUGAAUUGUUUAAACCAGAAAUCUCUGCUACUUUGCAGCCCAAAGGGGAGGGAGAAAUUUGAGUUUAGCUUUGACAACAGAAGGCUGAUACUUGUUAAAAUAUUUUGUACCUAAUGAAAACUAGAUUUUACAGAGUUAUGGCACCCACUGAAGCUGUCAUUUUGUAGUAUUGUGGCAAAUUGAGUACAAAGUAUGAAGUUUAAACACUGGAAUGUCACUAGUCAUUGAUCUGUAAUUUAGGAGUCAGUUUUAUUUAUCUGAGGGAUGUUUGUAUAUUUUGUAAAUUACUAACAAUGCUCUGCCAUCCUGGUGAAUGUCACGGUUCUGUACAAAUGCACUUCUUCUGUCCCUCUGUUGCAUGUCUGAGUAGUUCAGAAGUUUUGUAUAUUUAUUGUAUUAACACAGUGUAAUAGAAUAAAAAAAAAAACUUUUU